UCGUUUUUUUUUUAGUUUUACGAUUAUUCAGUGACUUGAUAUUUUUGCUUACUGAUUUCGCGAGGAAAUUUUCGUUUAUAUCCAGUUACUCAGGAAUUGGUGAUUUUCGCUAGUGAAUUUUUUUCACAAUGUUGAUCCGGCUUGUUUGGAAUGACAUGAACGUAGUAAAAUCUUCGUUUCGUUUAUCGUUCUAUUGUAAUUAUUGACGAGCAUUCAGAUUAAAUCCUAUACUAUAAUAUAUGAAGUUUAAUUUCUAUACGUACGUGUGAAACUCGUCUACUGUGAUACUAUAUACAAAAUAAUAGGAAUUUGUAUUAUUUUUUUUAUUUUUAUUAACAGAAUAAUAGGAAUUAAACUCUUAAAUGUAUAUAUUUGAAAUCCUGAAGUGAUUCUGUUCAGAAACAACUAUGUUGCAUGAGGUUUUCGUUAAAUAUCACAUUGGCUUUGUAGUUGAUGAUCAAGAUAAGCUUUGGAAUAGAAUGAGUGAUUCUCAUUUAGAUAUGGAUGCUGCUGCAAGUCAAGGUCUUUAUCCAUUGCACCGUUGUAAAACUCUUCACCUGGUUAGACAUGCGCAAGGCUUUCACAAUGUAGAAGGAGACAAGAAUCCUGAUGCAUACUUGUCUUAUGAUCUUUUUGAUGCAAACCUAACCCCUCUUGGCUGGAGCCAGGUUGACAAUCUGCGAAAGCAUGUUAAGACAAGCGAUGUUUCUAAAGGAAUCGAACUAGUCAUUGUUUCCCCCUUGUUAAGGACCAUGCAAACAGCAGUUGGGGUUUUUGGUGGUGAAGCAUACACUGAUGGGAUUACUGCGCCUCCUCUGAUGAAUGAUAAUGUUGGAGAUAGUGGUCGUCCUGCAAUUUCUAGUUUGAAUUGCCCACCAUUUAUAGCAGUAGAGCAGUGCCGAGAGCAUUUGGGAGUUCAUCCUUGUGAUAAGAGAAGAAGCAUCACUGAGUAUCGGAAUAUGUUUCCAGCUAUUGAUUUUUCACUGAUAGAAAGUGAUGAGGACAUUUUGUGGAAACCUGACAUUAGAGAGACGAAUGAAGAAGUUGUUGCCAGGGGACUGAAGUUUUUUGAAUGGUUGUGGAAGCGUAAAGAGAAAGAGAUAGCUGUUGUUUCUCACAGCGGUUUUCUGUUUCAUGCCCUAAGUUCUUUUGGAAAUGAUUGCCAUCCAACUAUAAAGAGUGAAAUCUGCACACACUAUGCUAAUUGCGAACUACGUUCUGUUGUUAUCAUUGAUAGAGGCAUGAUUGGAUCAGAUAACCCAACUACCAACUAUCCUGGCAAAAUUCCUGCUGGUCUUGACCUUCCUAGUGACAUUGCUGAUGAGAAACUUUCAGGAAAUGGGGAAGCGAAUUAACAGUUUCUCUGCAUGGUUUCUAGCAAUAUCUGUUAGAUGAUGAUGAUACAUUCUUGGGUUAUAUGAUUAUUUUUUCCUUGAAUGGCUUUUUAGCCAUUUAUAGGUAAAGAUUCAUUCUGCAUUAAUAUUUUUACCCCCCAAAACAUACCAAACGGAGCUGGGUGCAAAAUUUUAGGAUAAAAAGAUUGUGUAAGCAACAAUUUCUCCAUUUUGUCACAAAUUUCUGUAUACAAAACGUCUAUCGUUUUCUUUUGCA